CCCAGGUGCAUUGAAAAUGAUCAAAUAAAAGCACGCGCUUGCUUGGAAUUAAUCAUUCCACUUCGUGGUCCGCCAAUGUUCAGUGUUUUUAUCGAAUCAUCAAUUGCAAUGGCUAAUCGAGGACCACCAAACCCCAUUACUAAUGGUAUUCAGGCAGCAGUGCUAGAAUGGAUUAGAUCUCUGGACUUGGAAAUUAUUAGUCUUUUGGUGUCGAGGAGCUGGCCAAUGUCAAUAUUAGAUAUUAGCGAACCUCGAUGGAGACCCACUGAAGUAACAGAUACUGACAAUGUUAUACGAUUGGAUAGGAGGCAAAGAUUGGUCAGAUGGGAUAGAAGACCACCAAAUGAAAUAUUUUUGGAAGGAUUUGUUCCCAUUGUGACAAGGGAGGACCCGGAUUGGGAAGAGACAGACUUGUAUGGUUUUGCAAAAAGUAACCACCCUUCCUUCUUUGUUUCAACUACAAAAACACAAAGAAAUAGAAAAAAUAAUAAAAAGUAUGUUUGGACACCUAGAAGUGCCAACCGCGGUAUAGUAUAUCAAUACGAAAUUUAUGCUCCUGGAGGAGUCGAUGUCAAUGAGUCUUUAUUACAUGAAUCACGUUGGACUACUCAAAUGGAGGUUGCAUUUCCUGGAGGAAUUCAAAAUAUAUAUAUAAGAUCAGCAAGAGAGCUUCGUAAUGGAAGAAUUCAAAGAAUUUGGAUAAACCCUAAUUUUUUGGACCCACGCGAAUUGGAAAACAUUACAUCUUCUUCGAGAACUCCUAAUGUUAUAUGGAGAAGAAACCACCCUGAUGGUGGAAAUAAGGACUCUGAUGGACGUUUGAAGAGAUCAACAAGCUCUGAUGAUGACUUGAUGUAUGGUGGUGCAGGUGAUGUAGAAGAAGAUUCAUUUGGGGAUGAGGUUAACCCAAAACCAUUUCCAGAUGGUGAAUUUAUGAUUGAAAGUAUAAAGGAUAAUAACUCCUUUUUGGAUUUAACUCAAAAUGAAUUAGGUGGAAUUGUCCACAGCCACGUAUAUAACGGCGGAGAUAACCAAAUAUGGGUAUUUACUUAUGAUGAAAAUAAAAAGGCUUACAAAAUAAUAAGUAAGCAAAAUUCCAGUUUAUUGUUAAGUUGGAAUAGUAAUGCUACGUCUAAAGAAAUUAUCCUCAGAGGAUAUACAGAGAGCGGUAGCGACAACCAAUGCUGGCGAUUUGAACAGACCGACGACUAUUAUAGACUUAGGAACUUUGUGAACUUAGAUAUGAUUAUAACCGCUCAAAAUAAGUCUAGUGCAUUCGGCGGAAAAGAAGUUAUUGUAAAAACUGAAAUUUCUACUCCUGACGAAAAAAGCUCUCAGGCAUGGAAAAUCAAUCCAGUCUCUUUUCAGACGAUCCCAGAUGGUGAUUAUCAUAUAUUUAAUCUUGACGUAUCAGACAAUGUCAUAGACUUUUCUACCCAAAACGAUUUCUUGAUUCAUGGUCAAAACUAUAUGGACAAUGAAAAUCAAAAGUGGAAAUUUACUUACGAUAGUGGUAGUCGAGCUUAUAAAAUAUGUAGUGGUCUAAGAUCAAAUCUUUUGUUGAGCUGGAAUAGUAAUGCUGCAUCAAAAGAAAUGGUUCUUCGAGCAAACACAGAGAGCGGAAGCAAGAAUCAAUAUUGGCGCAUCGAGCGCACUGGCGAUGAGUCUUACAGACUCAGGAAUCUACAAAACUUAAGUUUGAUUUUAAUGUUAACUGAAAGUAGCAGUCCAUACGGUGGAUUAAAUUUAAUAGUACAAAAUGAUUCGGAUAUUAAUACUAAUCUACAUUCAAAUUGGAAUAUUAAACCCAUCUUUUAUCAAUACAUUCCAGAUGGCGAAUAUCAUAUAUUCAAUGAUAACUUCCCAAAUAUAGUUGUUGACUUCACCAAUCAAGAUGAUUCUUUGAUACAUGGUUACAAUUACUUCGGGACCAAUAAUCAAAAAUGGGCAUUCAUAUAUGACGAAAAUAAACAAGCUUAUAAAAUAAAGAAUGAUGCAAGUUUGUUAAGCUGGAAUAGCAAUGCAAAGCCACAAGAGUUUGUACUUCGAGCGUAUACAGAGAGCGGGAGUACGAACCAAUAUUGGCGCUUAGAUCCAGUCAAUGACGGAUCAUACAGGCUCAGAAAUCUAAUUAGCUUUUACAGAUCAAUAGCUCUAACUGAUGAAGACAGUCCUUAUGGAGGUAGAAAACUUAUAGUAUCAACUGGUACGGAAAACGGCAACACUUGGUAUCUCAAAGAAAUAGGGAAAGUCGCUGUACCAAAUGGGAAGUUUAGAAUUGCAACAAAACUGAAUUACAAAAAAGUAAUUGAUUCUAAUCAAAAUAACGAUUUGAUUAUUUCUGAAAAUCUUAAUCUCCUCACCAGUGAAUGGGAACUUAAAUACGAUUCAAGUAGAAAAGCAUAUAAUAUAUAUUCUUCAGACGUCAACAACUUAGGAUGGAUUUAUCAAAAUAAAGGCUAUUUUGUUAAGCUUGGUAAUAUAGAUGGUCCUAACCAUGGAGAUUGGAGAUAUUUUUGGACGAUUGAAUAUAGCAUGCAAAGUGGCUGCUAUUUAAUAAGAAGUUUACACGAGCCUUCACAUGCAGUGGGUUAUUCCGACACUAAUGCAGUCAUAACUGAUACAUCGACAUACUCUGAUAAUCAAUUGUUUCAUUUUAUUCCAAUUUAAUUUUUUGGUGUGUUUUUCAAUUAUAUUUUUUUCCACAUGGAAUGCAUGAGAAUGAAAAUCUUUUAAUUAUAUAAAUCAUUACAUGUCCUAACAGCGAAUAAGCUUUCUAUGUAUCUUUAUGCGUAUUAUUUUUAUUAUAACAUAAUCAUUUUAGGCUCAAAGAUUUAAAAUGAAUUAUAAAUACAAUAUAGCGCUAAUUGAUGUCAAUAAAACGACAUACAUUUA